AUGUUUAGAUUAAUUGCCAGCGGUGCCCAACAAGGGUUUAGACCAAGUUUAAUACUGAAAGUUAAACCUCCUACUACUACCACAACAACUUCAACAACAUCCAAAUUCACAUCAACUACUCAACAUUUUCCAUUUGAAAAUAAUAACUUAUUAGGUUAUCAAGUGAGAAAUAACUCGUCACAAGCAGGAGUUGCAAAUGUUGCCACUGCCACUGCUUCUGAACCAAAAAUAUCCAUUCCAGAAACCGAUGUUUACCAACAAAAGUUACUUAAAUACAAUAUUAAAUCACAUGAUCCAUACCAUUUGAAAUUUAAUCCCAAAGCUAAAAAUCAAAGAAACAACGAUUCCAACUCAAGUUUCAGUAUUGAUGAAUUCCUGCAAUUAUUACAAGAUGAGGCAUUUAGAAGCCAACUUAAUGAGAGGUAUUUAUUUGUUUAUGCCUCUAAUCUUUAUAGUGGCACAAUCAACCUGAGAAGGGCAAGAUUAAACAAGUCCAAAAAUAGAGAUAAAGAUCAAAGGUCGGCAUUCCGUGAAGAUAUGACUUUGCAAAGCGCAAUUUUGAAUCUCACCGAGAUAAUUUCCACUGGUGAAUUAAAUACCGUGUUGUCCCCAAGAACUUUAUUUAAAGUUUUCGGUACUUUGUUGCAAUUUAAAUUGAAUGAUGAAAUUGUCAACCUUUGGGAAACCGGGGUCAAUUCUAGUGUUGGUAAAUUAUAUUUAGCACAUGAAGUGUUAUCGAUUGUUAUCCAAGUAGGUCAUGAAACUCGAAGAUUCAAUUAUGAUGAAAUUAAACAAAUUUACCAAAUGAGUGUCAAUGAAGGUGAAACAGUUCAUCCAUACUUGAGUGACAGAAUGGGCCAAGUUGCAGUUAUGGAAGGGGAUUAUGUGACUGCAUUGGAUGCUUUGGAAUCAUUGAUGAACCUUUAUGAAAAGAACCCAAACGAAAAGUCUGUUUUGGGAGCAUUGGCUCAAAUCCAUUUAUCCUUUAUUGGACACAGUAAAGACUUGGCUAUAGCUGAAAGAUUUUUUGAAAAGGGAUUGCAGAAAGAAGGAUUGCCAUAUUCUGUUAUUAUGAAAGCACCAUAUAUGACUUCAUUUUUAAGCAACUGUAUUGCUGGUGGAUACUCAAUGGAACAAGUUAUUGACUUUUGGAGACGUAUUAGUAAACAUUAUCUUGAACAAGAUUUUGAUUUAAUUUCUAGUCAAUCAACUUUGCACACUGGAUUUUUCAAAUCAUUCUUCGAAAAGUAUCCUGAACCAACACAAGAAGCUAUUGAUUUGUUGAAUUUAGCAAUUGAAAGUGCCCCCAAGGUUAAUGAAGUAUUGUUAAACACCUUGAUUUCGAAUUUGCCAUGGGGCGAUAAAGAAAUUUUCAAUAAACUUCUUAAUUUGUACCAAGAAAAGAAUGCUACUAAGAGUAUUGUAUCUCACCGUAUUAUCUUGAAACAGAGCAAACAAAUCGAAUACACCAAUGAGGAAAUCUUACAACUUUGGAAUGAUUUAUUGGCUAAAUUGGAUGAAGCAGGAUAUACUUAUAUUGCUAAUGCCGAUUGGUCAGCAUUGAGAGCUACAACAAUGUUUUCUGAGAAAUUCAGCAAACAAAGAACCGGAUUAUAUUUGUCAGUUUUGAGCAAAUAUAAAGAUUAUAUGCAAAACAAUUUUGCUGCCACUCAAUUUUUAAGAAACUGGGUCAGAGAUGCUAAUGCUUAUAAAUUGAUUAGUAGAAUAACUUUGGAGGACGACCCACAAUUUGAGGAUGCUAUAAAAGUUGAAGUCCCUGAAUUUACCAGUUUAAGACCAAAUAUCAAUUAUCGUGAAGUCACUAAACAAGUUACUGAUGCUGAUCCAAGACUACUUGAAUAA